GCAGCUGGCCCCUCUGCUAAAUUCUCAUAGCAACAGCUCUGUGAAUCAAGCGGAGAGAGCCUGCGCAAUAUUCUUGGUACCCUGAGAUGCUGACGACGAGGUCUGAUCACUGUGUCAUGAGAAUAUUCUGCACGCAGGCCAGAGCCAGAGAUUUCAGUAAAGAGGAUGCCUAAUGCCCCCUGACACAAGAGUCGCAUUGCCCCUCCCCAUAGCUUAGAAAAUCAAUUUGUAUUUCUCACGUCAGGCAGGCGUGACCUAAUAUAUAGUAACACAGCACAAGAGAACUGCUUCAUACGUAUGCGAUGAGCUCAAGGAAACAAAAUGUUAAUACUGGGGCCAAAGAUAAAUGGAGAGGGAGGGAGGGGAUGCCUCGUAUGGCGAUGGCAUGCGUUCGAGAAAAACAGUUAAGAAUGAGAAGAUGAAAACUGAUCAUGCAAUUGCUGUUCAUUGGGAGCCACCAUGCUUUUCUUGCCACUUUUCACUUGUUAAAUGCAUGCAUAUUUCGUUAAUUCUCUUUAAUCUCUUCUUCGCCGUGUUUUACUUAGCAGUAUAUGUACAGCAGCAAGGGUUUAGGAUUGCCAAGCAGCAAAAUCUAGCAGAUGAUCAAGCAAUUAUCAGCCUCUUAAUUAGUCUCGAUCUCGUCUCUUCAUUCUUAAUUUGCCCCCUAUUAUCCUGAACGUCAUACAAUGGGGAGACCUCCCUGCUGUGAUAAAUCCAACGUGAAGAGGGGCCUUUGGACGCCAGAGGAAGAUGCCAAGAUACUCGCUUAUGUUUCCAAUCAUGGCAUUGGUAACUGGACUUCGGUCCCCAAGAAAGCUGGACUGAACAGAUGCGGGAAGAGCUGCAGGCUGAGAUGGACUAAUUACCUGAGGCCAGACCUUAAACACGAGAGAUUCGCUCCCGAGGAGGAAGAGCUAAUUAUUAAGCUGCAUAAAGCGAUAGGUAGCAGGUGGUCUCUGAUUGCAAAGAAACUGCCUGGAAGAACAGACAAUGAUGUGAAGAACUAUUGGAACACCAAGCUCAGGAAGAUGCUUCAAAAGAUGGGGAUUGAUCCUGUGACUCACAAACCUUUUUCACAGAUUUUUUCUGACUUUGGAAACAUCCGUGGCAUUUCUAACACCGGAAACCUCAAUAAAUCCUUAAACACCAGUUUGAUGUCCGAACCUGAUCAUCAAUUCUCUUCUGCCAUCUUAACCACCACUGAGCAUUCAAGUUUCAAGAAAACCAUGGAAGAGCAAGUGCAGGAAUACAAUCCUACUGUUACUCACCCCACUUCAUGGGACUUUCUGGCUCACUUUCCAGUCCAUGACACCAAACAGUUACCACUUUUCUUCAAUGAGGUCAGCUCUUCCUGCCCAUCAUCAUCACCAUCUUCAUCUUCUACCAGCACGUUCACACAGUCCUAUUCCUGCCAAAAAUCUCAGGCUCCAUUCAUCACACCCACUUGUACCUUUACGUGGACUGAAUUUCUCCUCAGCGAUCCUGUUUUAUCCACUGAAUUUCAGCAUCAACAAGAGCAAUAUGACUUUGAUGAGAUGUUGUCACCAACCAACUCUUCAACCAUGGCAAGGGCACAGAAUGAUGUAUCAUCUUGCAACAUAACUAGUACUGGAAGCGAUGAUGAUUGGUACUUGAACCGAUCGGUUGGGCGGUCGACAUAUGAUCAUGGAACUGUCAAUAAUGGACUUGAAGAGAACAACAAUGCUGCCGAUCAUGCGGCCUAUUAUUCCUCAUCUGCAAGUUCAUUUGUCGAUGGCAUCUUGGACAAAGACAGAGAGCUGCAUUCACAAUUUCCUCCACUUUUGGAUCCCUCUUUUGAUUAUUACUAGUUCAGAAGCUUGACAGCCAAUUUGGUGCUUAAAGCAAAAUGUUAAUGGAGCCUGCGUCAAUUCUAUCAUAUGUAAUACAGAGCUACAAACGAAGCUAUAGAGCGGGUUAUUUUCCCAGUUAGAGACCAUUUUCAUUAAUCAUCAUCAUGAAUAUGUCAUUCAUCAAUUCUAGUGCUGAGCCAUAUAAUUAUUAUACACAUCAAUCUGACUAAGAGCAUAUAUCAUGUUAGAUUUCCUCCGUAAGUAAAAAUAGAGUGCUCGUGGAUCAAACAUGUGCAUGCAAUAUCUGUGAUCAUGCUAGCUAAAGGGUGUCAUCAUCCAAGCUUUGUGUCAAAUUUGUUGAAUGUACUGUGAUCCAGAUUAAAUUUUACUAGUUUUUUUCUUGCAGCAUGCGCUAACAUGAUCUCAAUCUUAAUCAGAUCAGGAAAUUAAUCAAGCAGGAUCAAAAAAGACUUGCUAAAACCAGCACCACUAAACACAUAGAGGGCUUAAUUUCUCCUCCCUUUUACACCUUAAUUUGACGGGGACUUCUCAGUGUCCUUGGCCAUUAAUCAGGCUCAAUAACCUGUUAAUCCAAGGGUGGAAGAUGAGUGCCUUCGUGUCGCAUUUCUAUGAAUAUAUGAUCAUGCAAACAUCGAUAUCUUCUCCAGCAUUUCCCGGAGCCAACAUCUACAGUUGAGUUGGCUAAUCUAGUAAAUUCUAGGAUUGUAUGGGGUCACUAUAUAUUUAGGUUCUUUAAUUUGGGAAAAUGCUAAUUUUAUCAAAUAAUAUAUUCAAACUCACUUCCUCAAAAUUCUCGCACAAGAUGAAAAUCGAAGGCAUUAAAUAAGUGUACAGAUCUAAAUUCCGGGAGAACUAGCGUUACUCGUCAACAGGUCUCUAUGGAAUCCAUCAUUUUGUUAUGUUAGUUAAAAGGAAAAGGGGAGAGAGGAAUGAAGGGGUCCGAACAAAACAGAGAGAAGAAAUCUGAGAGAUAAAAGGAAGAUUGCACCAUGGCUACUGCACUGCAGAGAUCAUCUGUUUCAUUCCGACGACAAGGCUCCUCCGGCCGUGUUUGGGAUAAUCUUCAAGUUAAUCCAAAAAGAAGCAGAGAACUGGUAGACACGCCAGCCGGUAGAAGUCAAGAGAUGAGCCCCGGCAAUAACGUCAUUGAUGAGAAAAGCAGAGGGCAGGAAUUCCUUGGAGAUGAGGCUAACACCAUGCGCUCCUACGACCCUCCAACCCCUUGUAAAGAAAAAUACAGGGAUGAAAGGUGUGGUAUUUCAAACUUUUGGAGGUGCUGUAAGGGGCCUUCUACAGCCUAGUUUGUAAUUUCUUUUACCGUCAUGUUUGUAUAAUCUGCUGGAAUAAAUUUUAGUGUUCUCUUGAAUUCUUCAUCUCUAU